AUGGGUAAUAUAGGAGGCCGCAGCAACGGCUGCAUUACGUGCCUUAGAAGGCACGUCAAAUGCGACGAAGGGGAGCCUACGUGUGCGAAGUGCUAUAGUUCAGGUCUCUUGUGCGAAGGCUACAGAGGCUUACCCGUCACCUUCGACCCACAUGUCGAAAAAAUCAAUCAACACAACAACACACAAGGGCCCACGUCUGGGCAGGAAGAUCCUGAGGCUGAUGAAGAAAUUGGAAUGGUCAACCACAAUCCAAAUGUUCAUGCAGAAUCCUCUUCACGCAAUGCUUCACAUCCAGUCUCCAAUGGCAUUGCAAGGCGCAUAAAGAGACCGCCACGAGGGCCUAGGAAAGUCUCGCAGUCGACCAGGCGAGCGAGCAAUGUAUCAGCCAGGCCGAAUGUCUCCGUACAGAGCGCACUUGUGCCCUUCGAAUUAAGUCUCUCGGCUUUUCAAGAACCGAUAUGUGUCACAUUUCUCGUGCAAAAUUUCUUGGGGCACUUGGAUACCGGAAGAAAAUCACUUCUACCCGCCUGGGAUGUGAAUCAUGUAUCUGGAACAGCAAGAGAUUCAGUUAAUGCAUUGGCGUUAGCUUUCUUUGGCAAAGCUCAUCAUCAACAGGACAUAGUUGUGCAGGGCGCCGAAUGCUAUGGGAAAGCGCUACUCAAACUCAGGGAUGAUCUGGAUGACCAUGACGCCAUGUGGUCCUCUUCAGUUUUACUGUCAUCCAUCUUGUUGGCUCGCUACGAAUUGGUUGCAUCGACGGGCUCCGCGGGCUGGAUCCAGCAUGCAGGGGGUGUCGAACGUCUAUUCGAGGCUCGUGGACCUCGGCGUCAUCAAACAGUCGAAGAGCGUCACAUCUUCGAGGCUGCCAGGCCGAUCAUCGUCAUCAAGGCUAUCACAGACUAUAAGCGUACUUUUCUCGACCAGCCUGCAUGGCUCACGCUUCCUUGGGCUCAAGAUCCCGGACAGAAGUCUUCAAUGAAUCACCUCAUCGACAUAUUCUGCGUUAUACCUGGUCUACUCGAAGAUUCCAAGGCAUUGCGCUCCCCCACUUCAUUCGUAUGGGACUUCACGACCCCAACAAGCCCAGCCACCGACCCCUCGGUGACCAGGCACGAUCCUCGUCUUGUAGCAUUACGCAGACGCAUCCAAAGCUGCUACAUCAAACUGCAAAAGUGGAAAGAGGUCUGGGAUGAGACCUACCCUUCCGCCGUACAAUCCGUCAAUCUGUCCUACUUCCCGCCUUCCGAACUCAAAUUCCCCAUUGAGAUCUUCGAAUACGCCAUCAACUUCCCCAACUUCCUCCGAGCCAACGAAUAUCAACUCUACAACACGGUCAUCUUCUUCCUAUCCAGCUUGAUGCUCUCCGUGCCCCCGUCUCCGGACGAUCUGAACGCGGCCCCCUCGGUGUCCGACCUGCUCGGGCAGCGUUGGGACGCCGCGAACAACAUCUGCCGCGCCGUGCCCUACGACCUGAUGUUCGAGAAGCACGGCUGUGGCGGCGCCUACCUGUUGCUGUUCCCGCUGCUCACCAACCUCCGGCUUUUCGGCGCCGACAGCCCCGAGGGCAGGUGGAUCAAGCAGGUGUUGACGGGGAUCCGCAACAAGUGGGGGCUGGAGGGGGACAGGAAGUACAUGGCCAUUUGA